GCCAUGGUUGAGACGGUGAACAACUUGCUCCAGCCCAGGGCCCAGGCAGCGUGGAGACAGUUGCCCACGGGGGAGCAGCUUCGCUGGGCUACCACCCUGCUGGACACGGUGGAGGCUGGAGCUUUCAUGCUGGCCGAUAACCUGUUGAAGACGGACACCGUGGAGGAGAUCACCGACAACAUCCAGUUGGAGGUGGCGAGGCUGAGUACGGAGGGGAAUCUGGCGGACCUGACCUUCCCCCAGUCCGAACUACAUGGGAACUCCAUCCAGCUGUCUGCCAGCACGCUCAAACAGCACGGGAGGAAUGGUGAGAUCCGCAUGGUGUUCGUCCUCUACAGGAACCUGGGCUCCUACCUGUCUACAGAUAAUGCCAGUGUUGGUCUGGGCAACGAGGCUCUAUCCUAA